AUGGACGUGCCGAUGGUCGUAAAGGUCUCCAUCCAAAGAAUUAGUGGCCAGGAGCUAGAGUUGGAUGCAGGGGUGGAGGAGACAGUUGCGGAGCUGAAAACAAGGCUCACCGAAAAGUGCCAAGUCCCUCUUCUCUGUCAGCGGCUCCUCCUGCAAGCACCUCCACCCGAGGAUUUCAGGGAGAAGCUUAUGUUGGUCAUGAAAAAGCGGGCCGCAGAGAUUCUCAGUCAGCUUGAUGUCCAUGAUCUGUACGAAAUGAAAGCGAUCUUCAGCCCCGCGCGUCCAAUGUACCAAUGCUUUGCGGUUGUCUACCGUCUCAUCGCAUCAUGCCCGUCUGUGAAGAAUCUUCAGCGGCGACGGGCUAAUCCGCGGUCGGACCCCGGGCCUGGAUGGGAUGUGCUGAAACCACUGCUGUGCAGUGACACCUUUGAUUUUAUCCGUGGCUUGCAGGAAUUUCCUGAAGAGGUGGUCCAGGCCAAAGUGCAAGAGAGACAUAUUCAUCAGGCAGAGAGCAUUGCCCAAGACAUGGGGGGCACCUUCACCCCUGGGCAUCAAGCCAAAUUCUCUAAGGCCAGCCAGAUUCUUUGUGAAUGGGCGUUGAUCUCCAUUGAGCUGUACAAGACCUGGGCCGGCAAAGAGGUUUCUCCGAAUCUCGAGGACGCGUUCCCGUUGUCUUUGUAUUCAAUCGGUGGUGAGCUGAAGCUGUCGUUGCUGACAGACGUCGAACCAGCGUUUGCGAACCUGUCGUCGGACCACGAGCACGUGCUUGACGCUGUGCAGGCCCUUGCUGUUCUUGGGGGCAACUGUUUGGAUCGUGCCGUGCCGGCUUUAGUGGACAAGCUAAAGCAUUGGGAGCAAACGAUUCGAAGUGCAGCUUGCGGUUCACUGAAGCAUCUUGCCCAACAAGAUGCAACAGUUGCUGAAUUAUUGCGAGGUCAGCUAGGGCCUUGCAUACCCCAUCACCGCCCGAAGCCUUGGCCUGCGUCUGUCGAGAUCAUGGACGUUCUUGUAAACUUGCCUGGGGACCAUCUACACACUCUGUCCUGGCUCGUCGGAGUCAUGUGUUUUGCAGACCCUGAUGAGAGUGAAAUUGGCUGGUCAUACUUCCAACGUGUCGAGCAGUACGCGGAUGCGGCUGAGCUGACUGGUCUCCUCAUUUCAUUCAUGAAAGAAGAGGACAUUGGCGAUGUGAGGGAGCUCAACACCUUCCUUGGACAUGUAGUCAAAAAUCCGGAUGUUCGUGAUGCGCAAGGAAUGAUCUGCGAUGCCCUUGCAAAGGUUGCCGAGCGCAGCGAUGUAGUGAUAGAGUUGCUCGCGAAAGAGCUGGCAGUGACACAGGCACCCUUCCAGCGUGCCCGGGCAGCCGCCGUCUUGGCGAGAGUGGCGCCUCGCGAAGACGAAGCAGUGGUCAAGGCUUUACUGGACGAUCUGAGUACGUCAGAAGGAGAGCACUUGUUGCUGAUGUCCGAUCAUUUGGCAUCGCUUUCGCCUUCCUCACAUGCACAGAUCCUGAGCGGACUUCGUGCUGAACUCAAGCGGAGAGGUGGUGCAGACUGCCAGGCGGUCAUUCAGCGAGUUGCGGCUUGUUCCGGUUCCGAGGACCAAGUCAUUUCCGUGAUCUCAAGCUACCUGAAGAACUCACACUGCUUUCUGGCCCGCGAGUGGCCGGCCUCUGUUGUGACAGCCCUGGAUGUGGUCGGACCAGCUGCAAGCUCCGGCAUCCCUGAAGCCCAACAGGCCGUGAACCUGGCAGCUAAGGCUCUUUGCAAGAAGAUGAUUUCCGGGCAUGAGCAGUGCAAGCCCCCGCUGCUGAAACUUGCCACCAAGUAUGGCCUGCCUGAUGGUCUCCACGGCGAUUUGCUGAAGGGCCUCCGGCAAGGCAGGCCGAAAGCACAGGCCUCCUGCCACGCCGUUUUGAAGGAGUCACUGAAUGCCAAAGAUGUCAGCCUGGUGCUCGAUGUCAUCGAGAAUGACAUAUAUCCGGCGACUCGCUGCUUAGCCGUAGAGCUUCUGCCGCAUUGUUCAGAGCGUGGCCAGUGCGAUGUGGUAGAGAUGCUUCUCCGACUGGCGGCCGACGAAGACGUGGUGGUCAAGUCCACAGCCAUUGGGGUCAUGGGACAGUGCGCGCACUUCGAUGCAAAGGUUUGUGAAGUCUUGCGACGGCAGUUGGAGCACCAAGAUGCCCACGUCCGUUCGGCUGCUUUGCUAUCCCUGAAAGACCUUGAACUUGAGCACGACCAGGAUGCACUGUUCGACGCCGUGUCCACGUGCCUCGACGAUCCCGCUUCCAACGUGGUGCAUGGGGCAUUAAAGUGUCUUGAGAGCUUGCUAGACGGUCGCGAAGCUGUGAUUUGCGAACUGGCCUCUCCACUUAUCGACCAUGGCGACGCAACCGUUCGAGAAGCAGCAGUUGCACUGUUGGGCAAGAUGACCAACGAAGGGAGGCGGGAAGCUUUGAAUGCGCUGAAGGCUGCAGAAGGUCGAACUUGGCCUGAGUCAGAUGCUCUUGUACGAGAAGCUUGGGACAAAGCCCUUGAAGCCUUGACCAGCACAUGA